AUGGCACACCAAGCAAAACGUCCAUACGCCGGGACAAGAGCCUCCUCCCAAUCCGCAAUCACAUCAUACUUCACCACAAGUCCUACCCACGGCACAGGCACUGGUACCAACUCUACCAGAGACUCACUAUACGCCCUCCCACCACAGCAACAUCACUCAACACCAAGCACACCCUCCCUCCCCCACUCCGUGCAAUCCAACCUCCUGAACGUGGGCAUGCGAGUACGCAAAUCCGUACCAGAAGGAUACAAGACCGGCUCCUACUCCGCCUUCACCCUCUUCACUGAUUCCAAGUCCAACGCCACCUCAGCAAUGUCAGAUAACACAACCCCAUCUUCAGAGCGGAAGACACGGCCGAGGUCCGGAAACAGAGAACUUACUCCCUUUUGCGGCAUCCUGAAAGUUGGGGGGAUGGCCGGCCAGCAAUGGGGGAUAUACAAUCCCGGUGCUGGAGGAGAGAUGGAUGAAGAUUCCUCUUCAGCAUCGGAAGAUGAAGUUCCUUUUUUGAGUAGUCAAGGGAGUACGAUUUCUAGCUCGAGCAUAGAUGAUGCUGUUACACCUGAUGGGAACAAGAGACGGUUCUUUGAUGACGAGGAAUCACAGCUGUGGAACUCGCCUGUGAAUUUUGGGUCUGGAUCGUCGAUGGCGAUGGGUGAUAGAGUCCUUGCUGUACCGAGGCGGAGGAAGGUAUCUGGGAAGGUACCGAUGCAUACGAGUGGACAGGUGAGGAUUUUUGGGCAGGAGAACUUUGCCCCUGGGGGCUUUGGAACGGAUGUGGAUUUUGAGGAUGCCGAGUUUUUGGAUUAUGGGUUGGCGGGGGAGGUGGAGAUGAGUGGGUGUAAUUGA